AUGUUGAUUUAUAAUCAUAAGUCCGAGGCAGAAUUUUGGCGGGUAGUUUGGAUUUUCAGGUGUUUACUCAAUGCAUUAAUUGUUAAUUCUAAAAUGGAUCUAAAAGAAGAUAACCCGGAAGUGAAGUUAUCUUGGGAAAUUCUAGAGACUAUGAUGUCUCGGCAGUAUGCUCACAUUAAUUAUUUGUUUAUGGAUGAAUCUGGAUCGAUAAAAGAAAACAAGGACUUAAAAAUCGUAGGAACGGUUCCUAUAUGUCUCAAUAAAAUGAAUGAAAAGUUCUGUAAUCGAAUUUAUCGAAGUAUACGAGAGUUUGUCUGUGAUUUUCGUCUAAUGUUGUUGAAUUGUUAUCGUUACAAUGAGAUAUCAUCACGUGUUGGACGUUGUGCUGAAAAGUUGGAAUUAUUAUUUGAACAGAAACUUCAACUUUUAUCGCCUGAAAUUCGUGCUAAAACAUCUAUACAAGCGACACUUGGAUUUUGUACAGCUGAAGAUGAGUUACUUGAUUGCGGUGUGACACGUCGUCGAAAUUCUGGACGUUUAUUUCUCUCCGGUGACUCACGUCAGUUGACUCCUAUACGUGCUAUCAUGGAAGAGUUGGAGCAUGUCCCACAUUCUGGAUCUGUUAGUGGAGGCAUAGCGGCUACAUUAGUCUCGAAUGGAAUUGAUUCUAGUGGUAAUACAUCUAGUCAACAAUCAUCAACUGUCAAUAAUACUUUAACUACUGAGGAGAAUAUUGCAUUAUUGGUGUCUCGAUUAAGUUUAUGGCAGCGUAGACGACAUGAAGAAGAGUUAUUGAAUUCUUGGAAUGAUUGGUGGAUUGAUAAAAGUGGACCAAAAAUGCAAGAGAUUAUAUUUAAUGCACCUGAGCUUUUGGAAGCCUACCAAUUCCUGUGGUUAGCUGAUCCAUUCUUGGGUAUAAGUGAUUGUAUGACUAUUUAUAACAAUAAUUUCUCUAUCAACUCAGCGAAUAUUACAAAUCAUGCUCGUAAUCUGUCUUUAUUCGAUUUGGAGAUUGGAUUGUGUACAGCACCACGUGCUAGUCUUAUUCUAAGUGUAUGCAUGUGCAAUCUGUUAGCUACAUCAAAGGAAAGAAGUCAAAUUGUCAAUGUAUUAAGUAACAGCACUAAUGGAGGCAGCAGUAAUAAUCUAAGUAUUGGAGUAGACUCUAGUACAGAUUGUAUUUCUUCUACAACAAGACGAUCUCGUACUCUUCUAUCGAAUGCAGUUACACUACCUCCGAUUGACUAUGAUAUAUGGGAACGUCGAUUAUCUACUCGAGUUGAUUCAUGGUAUAGAUCGUUCUGGGAUAGAGGCAGAGGUGUUGUUGAAUGGGCUACACGUCGCUUAGGCUUAUCCAAAACGUUUUUUGAUGUCUGUGGUUACAAGUCGAAUCCGUUGGGAAAGCAACGUUUUCAUGAAUUGUCAAAGUAUCAGCAAGUCAUGCUACUUUCUGCUCUCUGUGAAUCGACACUGCGAACAUUUGAAAAUCUUCGAAUGUCCUUGGACAGAUCAGCUGAUUGGGAAGCAUCGAAUCCAGUACAUUUAGGGACUGACUUCUUUUCAAAAUAUACCUAUGUACACUUUCCUAAUCUGUUAGGCAUUGAUCCUGCAACCUCAUUGAGAAUAUAUCGAAUUCCUUAUAUAAAAUAUCGACCAAUUGGAUAUAAUUCUGAAAAGAAUACUACAAAUACAACUGGUUUUGAUAACACUGAUGUAAAUAAAACAGAAGUAAUGAAUGAAUCUUUGAAAGUAGAAGAAAGUGAAGAGAAUACUAACUUGAAUAAUCUCUCCAGUAAUAGAAAGCGAAAACUUCGUUGUUCAAAAUCCAAACAAGAUAUACAGCGUGUUGAAGAGUUAAAUAAGCAUAAUACUUCUCUUAUAGAAAAUGGUUUAUCCGUUCCUGGAUCAGUGCAACGUUUACCUAAUUGGAUUCAUCCAUCUUUAGCACGUGAUGUUUAUCGUAGAUGGUAUCGAGUAACUGAACAAUGUACUGUUAAUGUUCCUACCGCUAAUGAUAAUAAUUCUUCCACUGUCUUUGGGAAUCUUGAAGUAUCUGACAAAGGAAAGAAAAGACGUUUAUCAGAAAGAAAUUCAACUCCUCCAAGUACUGUUUGUAACAGUGGUACAUCAAAUAGUAAAACGCGUAUAUCUUCAUCUAAUAGUAAAAAUGAUAAAAAAGACGAAGUUCCAUUUGAAAAUUUUCAAGAUAUUGAUGAUCAAAUUGUUUCGGAGUUUAUUAAAAGUGAUCCUUGUUUGAAUCCAUCCCCUUAUGCAUCAUUUAAUGGUCCAACACGUCAGUUUUUAUCUCAACAGUUAACUCGUACUGCUAUUGGAGGUUACCGUUUCUGUAUUAAGAGUCAUGCUCGCCAGAUUUUAAAAGGACUUACUAACAGAAAUCGUUAUGUUGACGGGGAUAAUGAUGACGAUGAUGAUACAGAAUCACAUGAUGAUGUUGAUCGUGAUCGUGAUCGGGAUGAUGCCAUUAAAACUACUGAAGUGAUGACAGAUGAAGUCACUCAAAUGGAUGAAAGUACAUUGUCAGUCAAUGAAAGUACAGAUGAGAAAUCAAGACCAAGACGUAGAUCCAGUAGGUUAACUAAUAUGUCUAAGGAGAGUACCAUGGAUUGUUCUGUAACUACUAAUGGAACUCAUACAUCUGCAUCGAUACCUGAUGAUAAGAAUAAUAUAACUUGUACAAAAGAACUGGAAAAAUCUAAUGAAGAGUUCAAUCCUACAUCUUCAGAUGAAAAACUGUCUAAUGCUGAUAAAUUAUGCAGCAAAAUUUCAGAUGAUAUUGAUGAUGAUAAUGAUGACAGUGAUGAAAAUAUGAAGAAAGAUGAAGAAGAAAUCCUUGUGAUUGAACCACCUCGUGAAUCAUUCACUCUAGUCGCAAAAGAUGCUCAAGAAUUAACUGACUUAAUAUCUAUUCUACGUCAAGUAUUACUUAACAGUCAAGAGAAAUUGAAUACAAAAAAUGUCGAUAUCAAUGAUUUCAAUUUGGAUUCGGAUUGUGAAUAUUCAGGGGAUGUUGAAAAGGCAACAGAAGAAGUUAUCAACGAACCAACAGCGAAGAAGAAACGUCUAUCUGAACGGGAUGGUACUAUAUCUCAGCAAACAACACGUGCGCAUAAUGCAAUCGGAUCACUUGAACGUCUUAUACAAAAUUUAGAACAAUUAUAUCAAUCAGUAAUGAAUCGAGAAAGUGAACGUGUUGAAGCACAACGAUUGGCUAGAUUACGAUUACUUAAAGAUGUUGAACAAUGGGAAGAGAAUGAAGCUAAGAAGAAUAUGAAACAGUCAUCAAUUACUAGUGAAGAUAGUCAGAUCAAUGUAGUAUCUCACCCUAGUCUCAUACCAUCUUUUCAAACGGAUUCAUCAAAAGAUCGUACUGAAAGACAUAUGAGACGUGAACAACUUCGAGCUCGAGGUAUGUUAGAAGAAGAUGAAAGUGAUAGUGAACAUGAUGAUUUUCAUCAACAAGUUGACAAUAAAGAGCCUAUGAAUUCUGUGAAACAACCUAACAAUUCAUCAUCUUUAUCAAGAAUUACUCGAACUGGUGUUACUACUACUACUACUACUACAACUACCAGUACUAUUUCUAACAGUAUAAUGAAUGGCAGUGGUAGUAAUCGAAAGAGUAUAAAUGAUACAUGUUAUGAAGCAUUUACAAUGCGUAUCAGUGAAAGUGGUAAUCCUAAAAUUCCUAUAUCAAGAUUUUCUGUCGAAGAGUCAUUGCCAAAAGUUCGCCGAUCUGCUCUACUAACACCAAGUAAAACAGUUUCCAUAUUACCUAAACCAACAUCCUGUUCAAAGUUGACUAGUACAACUACUACUGUGACUACAAAAAACACAACUCAUAAUAGUAGUGAUUAUAAGAGUUUGACUGAUUAUUCAUAUUCGCGUGUAUCGAAUUCACCAUUCAGAUCAAAUACAUCUCGUACGCCUUCUAUCCUACGGCCUAGUAUGCCUAGAACACAACCAAUCACUCAUCAUCCCAAUGGUUUAUCUGUUUCUUUAUCUUCUCCAUUGUCACAUAAUAAUAUGUCGUCAAUUUCAGUCACUCCAUCGAAGCCACCUAUUCGAAAAAUCUAUCGUGUUUGUAACACUUUGUUUACGGAAGAUGCGAAACCUGUAAAAAUAGGUCCAAAUGGCUUUUUAAUCCCAAUACCACCAGAUAGUAUUCCACUGAGUCAACGACAGUUAGCACGUCAAAUGAUCUCUCGUUAUCAUCAACAUAUGAAAUCAGCUUCAUCAUCAUCAACAACAUCAUCACUAUCUCAAACUGAUGCAAUAUCAGCAACGGGAUCUAAACUAACCGGCACAACAUCAACAGUUUCAUCAGUCUCUUCUUCUACUCAAGGAGUAUCUCAAAGUUCAGUGGCAAUAGCAGUUCCUUCUGUAGCAACUGAAUCAGUCAAACCAUCCAUUGUACCACAAGAGGCAAAUUAUCCUCGUUUAUCGAUAGGUAGUCCUGUUAAGUCGUAGGUAUAUCUAUAUAAUAGCUGGAAUCGUCUAUACUACUACUACUACUACUACUA